CAAGCACUCGACAUCUCACUCACGAUUUUUUACAUGCAGUGAACUCACCCAUAAUUAAUAGCAAGCCAUUGCAGAAACGCAAGUUCAUCCAACGACAACACCAUUAUAAAUCAACCACCACGCCUAUCAGACUGGCGGGAAUCAACCGUUUGCUGCGUUUCCCUGCGCGCUGGCUCGCCGCAUCCACACCCACACUCACCACGCCCAUAUCCAGACCUGCACAUUUUUAUUCUCUUCGCGGUCGCAUCACAACCACGACCGCACUUACACAACAACAAGCCGCCAGGCUUUCACACACGGCCACGACGGCGGAAGCGGCGGCAGCGGCGGCGGCGAGGGGGAUGGAAACACGGAUCCUCAAGGUGCCGCUCGCCGGCAAGGACGAUUCGGCGCUGGGGCGGUGGGCCAGCGUCGACGCCGACGGCAGGCCGAACCUCGACCGGUGGGAGGUGGCCGAGACGGGCGACAACGAGGCCGUGCUGGCGCCCCUUCGCGAGGCCGCCCAUCUGCUGCGCACCACGCCGGUGCCCGUCGCCUUCCCGACCGAGACCGUCUACGGCCUGGGCGCCGACGCCACCCGCUCCGACGCCGUCAGGGGCAUCUACGCGGCCAAGGGUCGGCCCUCGGACAACCCGCUCAUCGUCCACGUCAGCGACCUGUCCAUGCUGCGCCGGCUGCUGGCGCCAGCGAAGAAGACCUCGUCGACGUCGACGACGACGAUGACGACAACAACAACAACACCAACAACAUCAGCAUCACCAUCAGCAUCACCAUCACCAUCAGGGGUAGAGGGAUCAUCAGGGCCACCACCACCACCACCACCACCGACCUCGGCACCAUCACGACAAGACGGCAGCGAGAACGACGACGUGGGCAACGCGGAGGACGACGACGACGUGAUCCCGGCCAUCUACCGGCCGCUGAUCCGGCGGUUCUGGCCGGGCCCGCUGACCAUCCUGCUGCCGCUGCCGGCGCCGUCGCCGCUGGCGGCCGAGGUGACGGCGUCGCAGCCGGCGUUCGGGGCGCGGAUGCCGGCGUCGGCGCUGGCGCGCAGCCUGAUCGCGCUGGCGGGGGCCCCGCUGGCGGCGCCGUCGGCCAACGCGUCGACGCGGCCCAGCCCGACGGCCGCCCGCCACGCCGCCGACGACCUGCGCGGCCGCGUCGCCCUCGUCCUCGACGGCGGCCCCUGCGCCGUCGGCGUCGAGAGCACCGUCGUCGACGGCCUCUCCGACCCCCCCGCCGUCCUCCGCCCCGGCGGCGUCGGCAUCGACGCCCUCCGCCGCUGCCACGGCUGGGAGCGCGUCGUCAAGGCGUACGCCGACGCCGCCUGGGAAGGAGGGUCCCGGAGCGCCGGCAGCGCCGGCGAGGCGCCCCGGGCGCCCGGCAUGAAGUACAAGCACUACAGCCCCAGGGCGAAGGUCGUCCUGUUUGAAGCGGGCGGAAAGAGCGGGGGCGAGGGUGCCGCAGCCGCACCCAUUCCCACCCUGAGCGACGUGGUAACCACGGAGAAAAGUACGGUCGGGUUCAUCAGGACGGGCGGCUGGGAUGUCGCGGGGGGGUUGAAGCACUCCGGGCUCGGGCAGCCGCUGGUGAACGGGGAGAAGAAGGAGGAGGAGGAGGAGGAGGAGGCGGGAUUCGUGGUGAGGGAAGGGGUGCUCUUGGAUGAGAACGGACAAGAGGCGGGGAGGCUACUGGACGUCGACCUGGGCCGCGACGUCAAGGGGGUGGCCCACGGCUUGUUUGGCGCGCUCAGGGCGCUCGACAGGCUCGGGGCCGACGUCAUCCUCGUGGAAGGGGUCGGCGACGGCGACGACAUGGCAGCAGCGGUCAUGAACAGGCUCAGAAAGGCGGCAUCGGAAAUCAGGACUUAGAGAGAGAGAGAGAGAGAGAGAGAGAGAGAUUUUAGACGCAUUAGAACUGUCGUCUCUCAGGAGACACAUGCUUUUUUUUUUCCUUCUGUGAACCGGAUGUUCUUUUUCUUUUUCUGGCUACCCGAUGAUGGUGAUGAUGCGU